AUGGCCUCCACAAAGCAAUCGCAGAGGUUGCUUGCACAAUUCGCCAGUUCCCGAACUAGAAUCGCCAUCACCACCACCAAGCAGCAACAGCUUCAAUUCGGUCGCAGACUCGUCUCCUCCUCUUCAAAGUCCCAUUUUAAGGGUCAACAGUCCGGUGCCGCUUAUAGCCGCUUCCUCAUUGGCGCAAUUGGUCUUGCUGCUGCAGCUCCCAUCGCCUACAAGAUGGCCGUCCAAGAACCCUUCCAACUCGAUCCGCCGACCCUGGCCGAGCGCGAUGCCCUGACCAAGCGGGAGUCCGAAGUUACCGUCGACUCGCCCAUGCGCCUGCGCAUGGAAAAGUUCAUCAAGGAACAACAACAGAUCAUCGUUAAGGAGCUCGAAAAGGUCGACGGCACCAAGUUCCGCAAGGACGAAUGGAACCGCAAAGAGGGCGGCGGCGGCAUCACCUGCGUGCUCCAGGACGGCAACGUCUUUGAAAAGGGCGGCGUCGGUGUGUCCGUCGUCUACGGCACCCUCCCCAAGCCCGCCAUCGCCAAGAUGCGUGUGAACCACAAGAACCUCGACGACAACGUCGACUCCCUCCCCUUCUUCGCUGCCGGCCUCAGCAUGGUCCUGCACCCCAAGAACCCCAUGGCCCCGACGGUACACCUCAACUACCGCUACUUUGAGACGUCGAACCCCGACGGCACCUCGCAGGCCUGGUGGUUCGGCGGCGGCAGCGACCUGACCCCGUCAUACCUCUUUGACGAGGACGCCGUGCACUUCCACAAGACGCUCAAGGAGACGUGCGACUCGCAUGACAAGAGCUACUACCCGCGCUUCAAGAAGUGGUGCGACGAGUACUUUUACAACAAGCACCGCGGCGAGUGCCGCGGCGUCGGCGGCAUCUUCUUUGACGACCUCGACGAGACCGAAAAGGACCGCGAGAACACCUUUGCCUUCAUCCAGGACUGUCUCAAGUCCUUCCUGCCGGGCUACCUCCCCAUCCUCGAGAAGAGAAAGGACAUGCCCUUCAACGAGGCCGAGAAGGACUGGCAGCAGAUCCGCCGAGGCAAGUACGUCGAGUUUAACCUUGUCCACGACCGCGGCACCGCCUUUGGCCUCAACACCCCCGGCUCAAGAGUCGAGAGUAUUCUCAUGAGUCUGCCCCUGACGGCCAGCUGGAAGUACAUGCAUGAGCCCGAACCCAAGAGCCGCGAGCAACGCCUUGUGGAUGUCCUCAGAGCGCCCAAGGAGUGGGUUUAG